AUGGCAUCCAUGGCGGAGAAACCAGUGCCGAAGCUUAAGCUGAAGCCUCGGCGACUCAAAGGCCACGACGAUAGCACAACCUGCUGCAUUGCCUCACGCGACCGCUCUCAUCUCAUUGUCACUUCCGGCGAUGUCAGCUCCUUCACUCUCUUCUCCAAUUUCCGAACUCCAUUUCUCUUAAUUUAUAACCAGUGGCUGAGAUAUCAUGGUCUCUUUAUUGUUGCUAUGAUUCAAGCCAAAGUGUUCUGCUUGAUGUUGGCAGAUGUUCAGUUGUGCUCUGCAUUUUUCAUACGCAGUGGUUUUGGGGAGGGAGGAGUUUAUACUGACGAAAAAAGGAUAGAAGAUACUAUUUAUGUCUCCUCUGGAAAGGAAAUCAAGGGCUUUGAUGUGCGUUUGGCUGCCCAGUGGAAGCCAUUGGAGAGUUAUAAUUACAACAAAGAGGAGAUAAACAAGUGCUGGAGGAGUGGAGGUGUUGCUAGAAGCUGGUGGCUGGAUGCAAAAGGUACACACCCUCACAUGCUGCUGGCAAGGAAGUUUGUGGCAGGUAGAUGGCUGAGUCUUUGCUCGAUGGUUUUCCAAACCCAUAUGCCUGCUUCUAAUUUGAGGUCACCAGCACUGGGACAGUCUCCAGUUGCAGGUGAUCUGAACUGGGGAGAAGUGAAUAUGGAAGUUUUCGUGGUGGAGACUAGAGCAUGCCUAAAAGAUAACCCUAAACAUGUGCUUCUCUUUUGGGCGGGGGGACAUUAUUCAUUAGCCCUCAUUGCUGAGGGUCCCAAUCCUAAGAAUAAGAGUAUAAAAGACUCUCUAUCCAGCCUAACUGUGGUGUCUCUUGAGGUGCGGUCAACCCUACAGGUUGUAUGCAACUCAAAGUCCUCAUUUCUUGCUGCAGCAGAUGAUAAUGGUGAGGUUAAGAAAGUGGUGCUUGAUUCUGUUUCUACCUUGAAGUUUAUUCAAGCACUAGUUCGGGUCUCUUCUGUUCACAACAAGCUACAACUACUGUUUCUGCACAUUAAGCAGAUUUUGCUGGCACUAGUUUUCAGCCUGCAAAUUCUAACAGUGAUAACUCUAGAUUUUCCAAUAGUUGAGGUGGUCAUUCAGGCCACAGAGGAGGAGAAAUGGCUGUGGAGAUUAUAUGUAGCACAGUGGAAUUCCUUCCUUGGAGAUCUUGGGAAGAGUAGAUAUGUGAGUUGUCCUUUCAUAAGUGGAGGUCUUGAUUCAAUGCUCAUGUUGUGGGACUUCUCCAAAGGGCGCCCCUACAAAGUAGUGGACUUCGCUACAUUUGAUGUGAGUAGUAGCAUAGCUGGCAGGUGUGUCAAUCCUGCUUUUGUUCAUGCAAUAGCUGUUCCAGAAGUUGAUAUGCUAGAUAAGUUAGACAAAAUAUGUGCUGUUGCAAGGGGUGAUGGAGCUAUUAAUGUGAUUAAUAUCGAAACAGAAAUGGCUUCUACAAAGUCUAAAAGCUCUUCAAGUUCUCGAAAAGGAUCACACUCAAGAUCAAAAGAUGGUAGUUCAUCUAGCAAUACAGAGGCAGAUCAAAAUGCAAAAAAGAGGUUACAUUUGGAUUACUCUUUAGGUGGCCAUACUGCGGCUAUUUCCAGCCUGGCAUUUUCGUUGUUUGGGGAAAGAGGGAAAUUCUUGAUAUCUGGAGGAAAUGAUAAGUUGGUGAAGGUAUGGAAUUGGUCCCGUUAUCUAGAUGCUGGGUUAAGUGAGGAUGACAAGAAUGAUAUCCUACAUUUGAACAUUGAAGUACCUCGAAAAGUCAAUUGGCUGUGUACCACCUCAGCUGAUACAGACAACCUUGUUGUGUGUGACACGUCUAAAGUAGUAAAAGUCUACUCCAUAACAUAG